AUGUUGUUAUCGGCGUUGCCCUUCCUCUUCCCGUCGGCGCUCGCCGCUCAGCCCUCCGCGCCGUCUCCCAUCUCCGCUCCCCUGCGAGACCUCGAGCUCGGGCAACUGAAUUUCCUCCAUACAACCGAUACUCAUGGCUGGCUGGCCGGCCAUUUGCAGGAGCCUUCCUACUCGGCGGACUGGGGGGACUAUAUCUCGUUCUCGGAGCGCAUGCGGGAAAAAGUAGAAGCCCAGGGACAAGAUUUGCUGGUGAUAGAUACCGGUGACCGUGUCGAAGGCAAUGGCCUUUAUGAUUCGUCCGAGCCCAAGGGUGUUUAUCUCUCGGAGAUUCUCCGCCAUCAACACAUUGACGUGAUCACCUCGGGAAACCAUGAACUAUACAAGCAGAACACUUCGGAGACCGAGCUCCUACACACUGUACCGAACUUCCGGGGCAAAUAUCUCGCUUCAAAUAUUGACAUUUACCAUCCCGAAACGGGCGAGCUCGUCCCGUUGGCCCCGCGGUACAAGAAAUUCACUACUGACCUGCAGGGCAUCCGCAUCGUAGCAUUCGGCUUCUUGUUUGAUUUCACCGGCAACUACAAUAACACGGUAGUGCAGCGCGUGGAGGAUACAAUCAAGGAGGACUGGUUCCAAGAAGCCAUUCGGGACAAGGAAGUCGAUCUCUUCUUAGUAGCUGGCCAUGUCCCCGCCCAUUCGUCAGAGUGGCGGGCGAUCUACAAAGAGAUUCGCGGGACCCGGUGGGAUACGCCAAUCCAGUUCUUCAGUGGACACCAACAUAUCCGUGACUAUGCAAAGUACGAUUCCAAAGCCGUUGCUCUUGCCAGUGGACGGUUCAUGGAGACCAUUGGAUUCAUGUCAAUCGAUGGGCUUUCUACUGGCAGUGGUCCGAGCAAGGAGUCCCAACCUACCUUCAAGCGGCGCUAUAUUGACAACAAUCUCUUUUCCUUCUAUCAUCAUACGGGACUUGAUGCAGACACUUUCCCCACUAAGAAAGGCCGAAAGGUCUCCCAGCUGAUUGCCGAGUCGCGGACUGCACUUCAACUCGACCAGGUGCACGGCUGCGCGCCGCGGGAUCUAUGGAUGUCGAGAGUCCCUUAUCCGAACCCCAACAGCAUCUAUACCUGGCUGGAGACCAAGGUGCUGAUCGAGACGUUGAAAGACGAAUCUCGGGGUGAGAGGCCCUCUGUGGCUAUCUUGAACUCGGGUGCUAUCCGGUUCGACAUUUUCAAAGGCGUUUUCACCCAGGAUACUACCUGGACCAUUUCACCGUUCACCAACGGAUUCCGCUAUGUCAAGGACGUUCCAUACGAGAAGGUGCAGCUGAUCAUGGAGGUUCUUAACAAACAGACCAAAAUCUUAUCUACAUUGCAAGACAAUACAGAGCCCUCCUUGCUCCCUCUGGUACCUCCCGAGCAACUUGCACGCCCUGAGGAGAUUAUCUUCGAUGAUGAUGAAUUGUCGGAAGGAUGGCUCACAUCUAACAUGGGCGGUUCAAGCCAGGUCCCGCUCUCUGCCUCUAACAUCGCUGGUAAGAUUGUGCCAGGAUACACCACCAAGGAUGAUGCGGGCGACGAUGGAGACGAUACCAUCCACGCACCGAUCUCCUUCUACAAGGUGCCCAACUGCAUUCAAGCCUUGAUCUCUGCCAACUCAUCUGGUGUUCCUGAGAAGGUCGAUCUGAUCUACAUUGAGUUUGUGCAACCGUACCUGGCGCUGGCUGCCAAAUUUGCUGGUCUUGAACUCGAUUUUGUCAAGGAGAGCGAUGUGUAUAUGCCGAAUAUCACUUUGACAGACCUCAUCUUGGACUGGGUGAGGAAGCACUGGAAGUGCGAGUGA